GCCCAGGGCUGCAGCAGCCCCUCAGCCCCAUCUCCCUGGUCGGGUUCCAGGGGCUCACACGUGGCAGCGCAUGGUUGGCUGUGACCUCCUGGAGGACAACAGCACCAGGGGGUAUUCACAGUACGCCUACGACGGAAGGGACUACAUCGCCUUCGACAUGGACACGAUGACAUUCACCGCGGCGGACGCAGCGGCGCAAAUCACCAAGAGGAAGUGGGAGGUGGACGGGACUGAAGCUGAGAGGCAGAAGCACUACCUGAAGGACACCUGCAUCGAGUGGCUGAGGAAAUACGUGAGCUAUGGGCGGGCCGUGCUGGAGAGGAAAGAGCGCCCCGUGGUCCGAGUGUCGGGGAAGGAGGCCCACGGGACCCUGACCUUGUCCUGCCGCGCUUACGGCUUCUACCCGCGGCCCAUCCGCGUCAGCUGGCUGAAGGACGGCGAGGUCAGGGACCAGGAGACCGAGCGUGGCGGCAUCGUCCCCAACAGCGAUGGCACCUACUACACCUGGGCCUCCAUCGAGGCCCGCCCGGAGGAGAAGGACAAGUACCGGUGCCGCGUGGAGCACGCCAGCCUGGGCGAGCCCGGCCUCUUUGUGUGGGAGCCGGAGUCCAACCCGUUCACCAUCGUGGUGGCCGUGGCUGCUGCCAUCCUGGCUGUCAUCGCCAUCAUCGCUGGAGUCGCCCUCUGGAAGCACAAAUCAGGGAAGAAGAACAAGGGCUAUGGCGUGGCACCAGGUGAGUACCGGGGGCAGGUCCAGCUCCAGCCCCUGCCCAGUGCCGGGGCCAUCUCCUGGCUCCAGUUUCUGGCCACUGCCACCAUUUCCCAGUCCCCCGUCCUCCCCGUGCUGCCCCUCUUUAACGCCCCGCAGCGGGGACGUAUGGCAGAGGCCGUGUCUCCCCUGCGGUGCUCGCGGCACCACCCUCCUCCCCCAGUGCUUGCAGCGCGGCCCUGGCUCCCGGGCCGGCUCCUGGCACCCGCACCGUGCCCGAAGCGAGGGGGGGGGGGGGGAGGUGACACACGUGUCCCCACACUAAGCCACCCUGGUCCCACCAGUGCCGUCACCGAAUUCACCUGUGAUGUCACCUACGCCGGGAUGCUGAGCCGGACACUGGGACGUCUCCAACGUCGUGUCUUUGCUGCUGUCCUGCGACGGGAUGUCACCUCCCUGCAGGUGACAGGGACCGGGGCAGUGACUGCACGGGUGACAGAGGACGUGAAGGCCACCCAUGCGGCGGUGGCCGAGGCGCUCAACCUCUUGCUGUGGUACCUGGCACGGGGCGUUUGUCUCCUGGUCACCAUGGCGUGGCUGUCACCCCACCUGGCUUUUGUCACCUUCCUGUCACUGCCCAUCCUCCUGCUGCUGCCCCGGGGCAUCGGCAAGAUCCAGCAGGGGCUGGCACGGCGGGGGCAGGAGGCGCUGGCGGGUGCCACCAAGGUGGCAGUGGAGACCUUCCAGGCCAUGGCCACCGUCCGCAGCUUCGCCCACGAGGCCGGGGUGGCCGAGCGGGACCCCCAGCGCCCGCGCCACGUCCACCCGCUGGGGGGGCGGGGACCCCGUCCCCUGGCCAUGACCUCCCUGCGGUGUCCCCAGUUUUCAGCGCUGGCCCUGAAGUUGGGGCUCCUCUGCUAUGGGGGACAGCUGGUGGCCGCGGGGACCAUCACCACUGGGGACCUUGUCACCUUCCUCAUCUACCAGAUGCAGUUCACCGAGGCUGUGGAGGUCAUGCUCCGCUACUACCCCAACAUGACCAAGGCCGUGGGCUCCUCAGAGAAGAUCUUUGAGUUCCUGGACCAGGAGGAGCAGGUUGCACCCACGGGGACGCUGGCGCCCGAUGUCCUGCGGGGCCACCUCCAGCUUGAGGAUGUCUGGUUCUCCUACCCCGAGCACCAAGAGCCCGUCCUCAAGGUGGGUACGGGGCCAGGGCAGGGGACAUGGGGACAUGAUAGGGGGGGACACAGUGGGGAGGGCCUGGGGACAUGGCAGGGGGAUAUGGACUUGGGAGGGAAGAGCACCCUGGUGUCCCUGGUCCUGCACCUGCGCUCGCCGGCGGCCGGACGGGUGCUGCUGGACGGACACCCCCUCCCUGACUACCAGCACCCCUACCUGCGCUGCCAGGUGCCACCACCGCCCCUGUCACACGAUGUCCCCAGCGGGGCACGGCUCUCGGACCUUUACGCCCAGGGGCUCUCCCCAGGCAGCGAGGCCCCGCCGCCACCACCCAGCAGCCCAGAGGGGUUAAGCUCUGCCCCCAUCGCCGUAGCCACCCCGCCCAGGGCACUGGCCACCCUCAAGCAGCCCGUGGCAGCGGCCACGUUUCUCAGGCAGCCGUCGCCAGGGCCAGCUGGGUGGCUUUGA